UGUUAUCCUUCCCAUUUUCAAGAUUUCUCUUUCACAGUUCAUCUUGUUAUGUUUCACAAAAACAAAAAACAAAAAAAACCCAAUUUGUAAACAAAAUGUUGUAGCUCUUGAUGAGACUUAAAAAAACUCUAUUUAGUACAAAAAGAUGAAUUCAGCUCCAACAAUGUCAGCAUCAGUUUUAAACUACCAAAUCUUGAAAUUUUUUCCACCCCAGAAAAAUGGGUUCUUGAAAUCUCCAUUGAUUAGAGGAAAAAGUUGCAGAUUUUGUGUUUCUGCAAGUUCAAAUGAGUUGAAUAAGCAAGUAAUUGAAGACCCAAAAGAGGAAAUUCAAGAAAAAAGUGAUGGGGUUAUUGUUAAUAGUACUGAGGAGGAGGAAGAAAGAAGUGGGGAAAAUUCUACUUCUACUGGUGCUAGUACUGUUCUUGAUAAUAAGGAACUCAAAAAGGCUGUCCUAAAGACUGCUUCAACCUUUGCACCAAGGGCUUCCACUGCUACGAAAAACCCUGCGAAACCUGGAACUGUUUUAUACACUGUUUUUGAAGUGCAAGCCUAUGCUUCAAUGUUGAUAGGUGGAGCUCUGUCCUUCAAUCUCAUAUUUCCGUCAACUGAACCUGACAUCUGGAGACUAAUGGGAAUGUGGUCCAUAUGGAUGUUUACUAUACCUUCCCUUCGGGCUCGAGACUGCUCGAAGGAUGAGAAAGAAGCUCUCAAUUAUCUUUUUCUCCUCGUUCCCUUGCUUAAUGUUGCAAUCCCGUUCUUCUUGAAGUCAUUUGCUGUCGUUUGGUCAGCAGAUACUGUAGCAUUUCUGGGGAUGUAUGCUUGGAAGCUCGGAUGGCUACAGAAAGAGCGAUGACAAAAGAAGUGAAGGAUCAGUGGUGCUCUUGUAGCUUCAAUUACGUAGCUCAUUCAGCUGAUAUAACUCUACAAUGGCUGCUUAUGUUUCACGUCAACUCUGCUAUAUCAUGAUCCGUUUGAAAAAUGAAACAUCUACAAGCACAGUAAGAAUAUCUCGGAUCAAGUUACCUUGCUUUUCAGAAAUAGAUAUUCAUUUCCUUCUGGUUAGGGUUGCACACCUUUAUUUACAUGUGCUCUGUGUAUUUCAUUACCCUUUUCUCUAUCCUUCUUUGUACCGACGAUAAAUUGCCAUAAAAAAGUACAUGCAGUCUCCCUCCUUUUAUGUUAGACAAUAGAUUGUGCAGAUGAAUUUUUGAAUCCCUAAAAAUACUUCUCAGAAGUGACUCUUUAAUGUUUACAUCGAAAUAAACCGCUUUAGCUCGAAGUAAACAUAAUCAGAUACAAUUUGGUUGAUUAGUGACACUUUAUAUACUUUGUAGGUCAUCUUAAUAUGCGUUUUGUAUAUUUCUUCUUGCAUAAAUAAGAAAUCAAAUCUUGCAACUA